AUGACUCCCGCCCUUUUCUCCUCCCAGGUUGGAGUGGCUCUGGGCUUCGGUAUUCCGCCUCUCGUUGUACCGUCCAUCGAAUCCUAUGCUACAAGUAACACCACCCAGCAGGCGGAGGGCAUGUUUGCAGACUUUAAACGCGGCUUCCAGUACCUCCUCUAUGGUGGAGCAAUCAUCAUCACGGUCGAUCUCCUGCUCAUCCUCAUAUGUAAGUUCACAUCACAAAACAGCAGAAUUUGCCCUUCCUUUCGACGCAGGAACCUGUAUUGCGUGUGAGGCGGAUUAAGUACAAGUACAUGCACAACCUCGGAGAUAGGAUAGACCCGAGGAUGUUGAUAACGUCUAUCAGUUCUGCCUAACUUAGGAGGCCUUUAUUCCUUCAAAAAUCAAAAUGUGUCUUGCGCCUGAGUUAUUUUAUAGAAAGUGGACUUGCACGGCAUCUACCACGCUCUCUCCUCCUCCUCCUCCUCCUCCUCCUCCUCCUCUUCCUCUCAUCUGGGCCUGGUGUUAAGACACAGUCAAGAAGACCGGAGAUGGGAGAGGGCGAAGGUGACUGGCACAGACGCACCUGCACCUAGGCGUACUACCGCACUCCUUAGUCCACAACAAACGCUGGACCAACAACAUCAGCACCACAGCGGGUCAGAAAGACGACAAGGAGGACAGGGCAGCCAUGCCCACGACCUUUUUAUUCAACGGGAGCGUAAGCACAUCCAGCGGCAGGGCACAAAGUGUCAAAGAACUGUAAACAAAUAUCAGACUGCGAGGGUCUUGUCUUGUUGAUCCUGGCAUGGCAUAGGCUUACAGUUCAAGUAUUCGAGGCAAGAUACACCGCGUGCGCUGUUGAUGCUAUCAAGGAAAUUGAUGGCGAUGUCAGCUUCGCCUAGUUUGAGACACCUUUAAUUCGACAGAUUAAAACACGCCUUAAUCAAUACCUGCAUAUGUAUGCUGUCAUUGUCGGUUUUAAAGUGAGUAUCCACUUAUCAAAAAGUCUGCCGCCUCGACCGGAUGCAACGCCGUGACAGGCUUUUACGCAAACAGUGCUCCGACCUCCUAAGCUAUGAGAUCUUGACCGAAUUUUUCACCGAAUCUACCACAACGUAAGGAAUUCGCCAAUUCAUGCAUUACACUGACAACCAAGGGGCGUUUUUUGAGCAAAUAAUCUAAAUUACACUAGGUAACUGCACUGCAAAUCGACUUACGAGGUGUUUUGAUAAGUAUUAAGGAUUCUGUGCGAAUUCCAGGCGGACUUUGGGGGAAACCUGCUUGGUCAGAAGGCCGGCUCUAGAUAAAUUUAUUGGUUAAAUACAAUGCUAUUGGUUGGGCGGAUACCUUGAUCUAAUUGUCAAAUCGUACGACCCUCGGCCGGGUCUGGUAGCCCAAGAGUUUAAAAGGUGUAUUCGGUUAAAUUUUUCAAUUCAUCCAGAAAUUCUUAACCUCUGUCUCAUUUUUACGUGUAUGUAAUAUUAACGUAGCGGUUUGUUCGUUUGUUUUGCCUCCACGUAGGUCUGUAACCCGGUAGCAGAUGUCUUGGUUAUCGAUUUCUUGCAAUCUGGCACGUCAGAAACUGAAGGACAGGAUUGCACUUAAUGAGUCAAUAACCUAACAGGGGAUGUCUGGCUUUAAGUCUGUAUGCCCAGAGAGUCGGAGUUCAAAAAGCCGGUCUUCGAUGGCUGGUGUAGGGUUGGUAAGCCCGAAACGGACGUUACGACCCUCCUCCUGCGUUGACGUAACUUCAGACAAUUUUACCGUUGUGCAAAUUUCGGCGGAUUGGAUGCCGAUAUAAAUUCCCCCCUUACUGCCGGCGGCCUUACACCGAAGCGCAGAAGGUGCGCCAGCACUAACUCUUCUAACACUCCUCCUAACCUCCAAACCCCGAUUCCGACAUUAACCACAACCCUAGCUCAUGCUGUUCGACGUAUGCUCUCCCGUCGUUACAUUUUCUGUGGCAACUUUUCCGUCUUCAUCAGUCAGGCGUAUCCGAAACCCUGGGUGGAAGUGCCAAAGCCUGUGGCCGUAAACUGGGGGCAGUAAGGAUUAAGUUUAUGCUCGUAGUAGGGGAAAACUAUGGAGAAAUGCCUACAGUAUGUUGUUAAAGAAGAUGUUGUUCUCUGGAGUAUUGGUCAGCCCCUCGUCGGCAGGCCGACAUUCGCCAAGGAGCCGGCACUGCUGAAAUGUCUACAUUGGUCCACUGUUCUGCACAUAUCAUAUACAAUUUCUUAGUAAUAGGAAAGCUCAAUUAAUAAAAAAACUUUGGCUCGGAGAUUGAAUGCAUGGACGUAUGGACGUAUAGAAUGCAGGACGUAUGACUGGCUAACGACGGCUAAUAAUCCAGUCUCACUUCUCUUUGUCAAUAACAACAUAAUGCCUAUAUCAUGCGCCGCUGUGCGCCUGCUGGUUGGACUCGAGAGAGAGCCCUCAAGGCACAACUGAACGAGUGACUUCAGUGAGAACGAAUCGUGAGCGCCCUCUACCAUUGUAUAUUCCCGAUCGAAACCGACAAGGAAACGGGCUCGUUGACGGGCGGUUAGAGACGUGGACUUCUAACUUACAGGUCGCGAGUUCGAACCUCAGGUGUUACACACUUUGGGGUUGGGUAUGCUGGUCUGACGACGACUAAUAAGCCAGAAGUGGCCAUUCCAGUCGCCCUUGUCUUUGUCUGUAGUAACAUACUGCCUAUAGAGUGCAUGCCUCUGGCAUAAUUUGUUUUUCUUUUCUGUUUCCACCGUCCACACAGUCUUCCGAAACCAACCGAAGCACGCGCCCAGUCGAGCCCAAUACGCUCGCCUUUUGCGGAAAAAACAGGCGGCAGGUGCGGAUCAAUUCGCCUCAAAGGGUGACGCGGAGAAGGAACGAAGUGGUGAGUGUGCGUCUUAAAAUCCUCCUACCUCCCGUCAACUAAUACACGGAUAGAUCACGGGCGCAGCGGUGAGGGCUUACCUGCGCAGAUAACAGUUAGACCGUCGUUGCCGACGAUGCCCAUGGCUAGGUGAGAGCAGGCACGUUGGCCUAUGCGUGUGAGGUGGUUUAGAGUUGCAGCAGACUUGCACAGCAUCUACCGCACUCUCUCUUUGCCACUUCCCACCUGGACUCGGUGUCAAGACAGAGUCCAGAAUGCCGAAGGCGGAGGUGGGCGCGGGUGGAUGGCAUGGCCGCACGCGCACCUAGGCGUGACGCCACACUGCCUGGUCACUACGCCAAAUGACCAGGAAUUUAACCACUAACGUCAUCCUCGACGCCAUCGUUAACAACAACAACAAUUACAGCUGCGUAGACAAAGACGACUGCACAGCGAAGGCGCAUCUGCUGACUGGGGACUAGGUGUUAAUGAGCUGUCAGCUGCCACGCGCAUAUAAUAUACGUCUUAAAAGCCUCCAACCUUCCAUCAGCUAUUACACGGAUAGACCACGGUCGCCUCCAAUUGUAGGCACUCGCAGUUGACCUUAAUAGUCGAAAAUUUGCUAUUUGUCUGAAUCCGAGAGACAUAUAUAUAUAUAGGCAGAAUGAUAUUACCGACAAAGACAAGGGAGACUGGAAUGGCUAUUUCUGGCUUAUUAGCCGUCGUCAGCCAGCCAUACCCCCUAACAUUCUAUAUAUCUAUAUAUAUUCGAUAGAAAUAAGCUGUUUGGAAAGAUUAACAAGUUUUAUUGUAAAUUUUCGAUCUUGGUUCCCCAAGUCGUCUUCAGACGUGAAGUAAGUGUAGAUCAGAGGUGGUAUAUAUAUAUAUAUUAACAAAUCCAGGACUUCGCACAAAACAGGCGCAGCCUUUUGCGAGAAGAUAUAGACGUCUAUGGUCUUCCAAGUGCAAUAUUUCGACCGUUGCAGGAUAGGCGGAGGAGGUUAACGGCUAUCCGCGAGGUGAUUGACUAAUGUCUUGCGCGUGAGUUAUGGUGAGGUACACUUGCGAUGCUUUCACCUCACUCUCUUCUCCCAUAUGCACAUUUCUCCGAGAGGAAGAAAACGAGUAAAUAACCCCGGGUAGAUGAGGGCGGGUUGUAUGACAAAGUCAAGCAGCGCAGCUACUCGAGUCACACAGGAUACUCUUCCUACUAUGCUUGUACCAGAUUACAGUAGGAAGUCCGGCACCUUGCUGGUCUGAGAAUGAAGAUGUCCCACCACAUCUUGAUCCUAAGUCCUAAGAAAGAACGAACCAGUUAACAACCUUGUAGGGCGCAACGUUUGGAGCAUUCUAAUAGGUUCGAACGCGUCAGCCUGAGUUGUGUGAGGAUGAACUUUACGGUAUCAGACCUAAUUCAUGCAUCGAUUGAACAUUCGAGCUGGUAUGAAAUUGGGCGCAGAUGUGGCGUACAUGCCUCCAUGUGAGCUGUAUCGCGGUUCGACUAACGCGAGUCAGUCCAGCCUCACUUGCAGGACAGGUCGUUAUGGAAAACUAAAAAAAUUCCUUUGCCCUAAAAUUCUGCACUGCCGACAGAAAGAUUAACGACGUACAUACAUGAGCUUAGUAAAACGGAACUGGCAACUGGCCGUGGCCAGUCUAGACAAGUGGGUAAUUGUAAGUACACCGAGACAAGGUAGGCUGGAAUGGCCAUUUCUGGCUUGUUAGUCGUCAUCGGCCAGCCAUGUCCAACCACGAGGUGUCAGACCCUCGAGGCUCAAACGAGUGAUCCGUUGGUUAGAAGUCCAUCACCCGAUGUCCUGUCGGUUGCGAUCGGUUUUCUACAGUGGUGUUACUCUCCUGAGGCUUCAUUAGUAUCCAUUACAAGAGGGCGGCAUCUUGUUUUAACUGCUAACUUAUGCUUUGCAUGAGUUCAGUUCAGUCUAUGUGUCCGACAGACCUACUACGCCUACUCAGAUAUCGCGCACAAACUAACCUCUACUCAGCUUGAUUCGAAAGGUCACUGUGACAUUUGAAAGGAUGGAGAUAGCGUGACGUCGAUGACUACCAGGGUCACGUAAUUCGUACUGCGCGGGUUCGAAUCCUGCCAAGGCGCCGGGUUUUUCACAGCUGGAUCAAUAUGACUCAUUCAAAAUCUGCCAAAACAUCUGUGAUUAUUAAUUGUGGGUGGUUUCCAGAGUAAGGACACGCUCCGAGUGCGAAUUUGCUUGUUCUGUCAUAUGUGAAUGCCCUUCUGAUCCCCUCCCCUCUGUCUUUCUGUGCCUUCAAGAGAAAGAUCUCUCCAGGUCUUCUUCGCCGGUCUCCUCACUCAGCGUUGGUAGCCUCACCACCACCGCCACUGUCUUCGGUCCAGAGGGCGGUGGCUAUAAGGCCACCUUCUUGAAACUUUUCAAAAACUGCAGUUUCGACCUCUUGAACAUUUGUUACGGUAAGUCAACCCUCUCCCUGUCGUUUACCAGUUCUUGUUUGCCCUUCCCAAUAGGUCCAUACCGAUCUGAAGUGUCAAGAAAAUUUGAGGGCCGAACAGGAAUGACUUAUGCGCUAUCUGGAAAGACAUUUCGGCCACAGGGGGGUUUUAUCGACAUUCUCUUAAUGUAGACACGCCCUUUUUCUGUUCAGCGUCAUAAAGAGAUUCGUAUAAACCGUUAUUGUGCAGAAGCUGUCACUCAGAGUCAAAGAUGCGCAAGUCUAGUGAAGAAAUUAUCAGCAAAAUUCUGUUAUGCCAUCAAGGUAGGAGUCACGUCAAUUGAUUUACUGUCUCCCAGAGGAAGCGUACGUGGCUUUGAAAUAUCCUGUUUGCCAUUAUAACAGUCGUUCCAGGAAAUGGAAAUUUACUAAUUCGGGUCUGUCCUAUCGAAGUCUAGGUCGCCAGCCCAGGCAUGGGAAGGAGAGAGUGCGUCAGAUGCCAUGUAAGUAUGCUGCUGUGGGGCACACGGUGAAUAUAGUCGGAAACGGCAUUCAAACUGCCUAAGAUCAGGUCAUAUUUAGCGAAGAGAGCUCUGGAGGCGGGGCGAAAUAGGAAGCACAACUGACCAUCAAAGUGGAACUGGGCUCCGAAGAGCAGAAGAAGUUAGAAAUGCCAAUCAGCGGCGUCGAAAUAAAUUGCUUAUUGAUUAUCCGAAAGCAGGUGGAACCUAGUGAUGCAAAGAAAUUCAUGCAGCAGUAUGCGCCGAAAUUGGAGUGCUAGUGACGGUAUCGUGAGUAGACCUACGUAGUCAUUGUUGCGAAACCUGCAUGCUUGUUUUUAGUUGAAUAGGCAUGCUUUAGCAAAACUAGAACAGCUAGUAUUAGGGUUAAGGUCCGUUUAUUUUGGAUACAGGAUGUUUAUGCUAGGGUAAAGGGUAUUGCUUGAGUUUAAAGGCCUGGAUUAGGGUUAAUGCUUCAAGGUUAGGUUUCGCGCUCUAGGGUUACAAAAAGGGUGGAAACUAGGGAUUAAAGGUUACAUUUAAGCAUAAGGGUUGGCUUGCGAAGACACACCUAGUGGGUCCUAUGCUGACUACUUAGUCACAAACGCCGGGAGAUUGAUCACGGUCAGCCCAAGAGCGCACGCAUAAUGGGUCCGGUGUCGACUAGUAACUUGCAUAUACUGCAUUUGCGAAUAAUUUUUACCCUGUCUUUCCUUAAUUAUUACUUUUCUGUAUGUUGCUUUUUAUACGUUCGCUUUCUAGUAUUUCUUAUCAGGUGCGUUUUUCCACUCAUCGGUCUUUUGGUUGCAUAUAAUUUGAUAUCGGUUUACGGGUUGUCGGUCAUUGAGAUAAUCCGCGAAUUCCGUAUUUUAUUAAUUUUUUUAAAUAACGCGCUAGACUUUUCACUGUCCGUUGUUGUGCAUAAAUAGCAUUGACGUAACUGCAAUUUUCGGCAUUUUUCUUCGUGGAGUGUGCUGUCCACCACUUCUCAUAAAAUCACUUUUACCGCCAUUGUUUCAUGUCAGGCCGCCCGGUCUCAUAUACGGUAGCGUUAUCAGUAGCAGCCACUCCUCAAUAGCAUAACAUGUAGGUUUUAAGUGAACUUUGGCAUUUUCUGUAGAAGUUCCUCGGAAAAACAUUUAUAAUGUGGAGGGAUGCCCAUCCCAAAAUAAGGGCGACCGCAUGCAGGAACCCACUCGAGGUUUUACGGAUCUUAUCAUACAAAUGUGUUUUUGCGGUUGUAGAUAGAUAUCUCAUGAGCUAAAGUAGGAAGGCGGUCGGCCGAGCAAAGUGGUUGGAGCCCUCGAGGAGGGAAUAUCGGCAUAGGCAAGCGAGACUGGGAUGAUAGUUUCCGUUUUGUUAGCUCUCAUCUAUCAGCCUCUGGCUCGAGGUCACCUGCGGUUCGAAGCCGGGUUCUUUCGGUUAUUGGGUGUCAGUGAUCCCGACGAUCUAAUCAGCGACCCCAGGCUUCUUUUCCGGCCGAUUGUGGUCAAACCUGUUAACCAUGAUAAAUGGAUGUUCACCGAUCAAGUUACCAAGAUGCAUUUAAAUCCAGAGUCCUUGCAGACAGUCGCAUAUCGAUUAGUAGCAUAUACAACGCUCGACGACUAAGACCGUGGGUUGGAGGCCAUCCAGAUCGUCUUGUCUUUGUUGGCACUACUUAAAUAAUCUCUAUGAAACUGCUUGCGCAACUUCAUACGCCAAUACUGACACAUCAACAAUUGGAAGAGAUGAAUAUAUCUAGCGCUCCCAUACGUGAUAAAUAAAACCGAAUUUGUUGAAUGACAGGAAGAAACAGCAAAUAGAAGUAGCACACAAACCGGCAGCUUCCUUAUGCACAACCAAUCGGGUAGAAAAAGUUUGGUCUGCAAGAUCCGAUGCGUCAUAUGUGAUGCCGUUUAUCAUGGGAAAACUUGGAAAUCCUUCCGAACUCAAACUCAUCAGUGAGUGCUGAGGAGACGAAUCAAUCGAUCCUUGGUGGUCAUCUAACCAACAGGUCUUGUGCUCAAGCCUCAAGUAUCACACACCCCGGGGUCGGGCAUGGCAAACUGACGACGGCUGAUACGCCGGAAAUGGCUAUACCCAUCUCCCUUGAUUUUCUCUCUAUACAUGGGGCUGCUGGUUAGGCUCGAAAAGGACCCUUAGGCACAAUGGGACGAGUGAGUUCUGUAACGUGAUCGGUAAACGCCACCUACCACUAUGUAUAUGUAUAUAUAUAUAUAUAUUUCGAAAAAUUAUUUCUUCGGAAUUUUGAGGAAUUUUAAUUUCGACGUUGGUCCCCCAGGUUGUCAGACGCAUAAAAAGAGUGACAAAGGGUUAAAACCUAAGCGUGCCUGAAAAGGUCGAUUUGUCUAUGUCUGUGCUGCCAAUAGAUCGAUGCAUUGGGCUGGCAUCGCGUUUCCAUCACCUUUUUGCUCUUUUCUUUGAUAUCUGCGUACAUGGCAUCCAGAUCGACGCGCCGACAGAUUCAUGGAUCGUCAGAGUGGAUCCUCUCCAGCAGUUCUUGGCAUUCCUUUUAUAGGAAGGAACCGACAAUAUGCGUCUUAUCCCUAACAAGUUUGUGCCGACAAAGACAAGGGAGAUUGGAAUGGCCAUUUCUAGCUUAUUGGCGGCUGUCAACCGUUAUAUAUGUAUGGGUAAAGGGAUGUUCACAGAUCGUGUUACAUAACUCACUCGUCCCGUUGUGCCUUAGGGCUUCCUCUCGAGCCCAACCAGCAGAUGCACAGCGGCGCAUGAUAAAUUGUAUAUUCCCGAUCGAAAACCGACAGGGCAACGGGCUCGUGGCUCAGUGGUUAGAGGCGCGGAAUUCUUACAAACAGGUCGCGAGUUCGAGCCUCGGGUGUGCCACACUUUGCGGUUGGGUAUGACUGGCUGACGACGACUUAUAAGCCAGAAAUGACCAUUCCAGUCUCCCUUGUCUUUGUCGGUAAUAUUAUUCUGCAUAUAUAUGCAUAUAAUGGUAGGGGGCGCUCACCGAUCGUUCAUACGGAACUCACUCGUUCCGUGGUGCCUUAAGGGCUCUCUCUCGGUCCCAACAAGCAGCCGCACAGCGGCGCAUGGUAUAUAGACACAAUGCUAUUACCGACAAAGACAAGGGAGACUGGAAUGUCCAUUUCUGGCUUAUUAGCCGUCGUCAGCCAACCAUACCCAAGCCCGAAGUGUGGAACACCCGAGCCUCAGCCUCGCAACCUGUUGGUUUAGAAGUCCACGUCUCUACCCACCGGGCCACGAGCUCGUUGCCUUGUCGGUUUUCGAUCAGGAAUAUACAAUGUUUGGGGGCGCUCACCGAUCGUUCAUACGGAACUCACUCGUUCCGUUGUGCCUUAAGGACUCUCUCUCGAGCCGACAAGGCAACGGGCUCGUGGCCUGUUCGUGACCUUUGCCACGCAUACGGACCUUAUUGGCUUCGUGAAGCCAAUAGAUCAGUGUGCGCCCACUCCUUCUUAAUUAAUUACUCGAUCCACAGAGACAGAGAAUGACAGGUAGCGAGGCACUGAUGAACUUCCCUUCGAUGAAGUGCUUAUGAAUCACCUGGUUGACCCAAGUGGUGGACCAACUGCGCCAGGUGCGUCUGUGCGUCUGUGCGCAUGUUCGUUUUUCAGGACCCAGCUGCUCGUCAGGGUUAGAAUUGCUUAAAUGAAGGCAAAAUAAGCCCGAAACAGUACUGUAUAAAUCUACCCGCAUUCUCUGUCGUCUAGCCCUGCUGCUAUGUGUAUAUAUAUGGUAAGGUUGUGUCAACCCUUCUCACAUACAUAUACUCUCUUUCUGCAAUCUCCGUGGCCUCAAAUAUUCUUCCAUUCCAAUUCAGUCUCUUCCUCAUUCAUUCCAUUUGGUACCGAAUUAGUGUGACUGAUUAAACUAUAUGAGUACCCUUCGAUUGAUCUAAUAAACAGCCGCUUUUUCGGUACUGAAUACCUACUAGCUCAUGCCUGUAUUUAUAUACACAUAUACAUAUAAUUUAAGACAUUAAUUAUAAUCAUGCUAUUUAAGAUGAGAUUAGAAGUCUGAUUGCUGCACCUUUUUCGCUGCAUUAAGGUGUAAACACGGGUGUCUACCACACCAUUAGCACACUGUUGAGUGUUAUUCUACUCGUCCACUACCCGGUAAGUAGCAUAAAUUGUCCCAUUUUUUGUCCGAAGAAAGACUUUUGCAAUAGCGAACCUUUGUUUUUCCCGUGUAAAAUUGGUAUGUCUCCUAAUACACUCGUGUCCACCGUCAGACUUAUCCAAAAGCCUGGAAAACGCGGUGCGGUUGCUGUAGGCAACGACUGCGAAUGUAUCGCUCCACGCACAAAAACUCCUAAAUAGUCAUUUGACCAGGACAUCGAAACCCGAAUGACAGUGUAAGCAGUCCGAAGUCGACAACACGGCCAGAGUCAAAUGGCUGCUGUCUAUAAAGCACUGAGAACUCAUUUAAAAAUGGAGUUCAGAAACAAAUAGACCUGGCGUUUCGUCUUUUUGCAUUUUUACCGCAUUAUUUACUUUAAACAAGGACAUUUACUGGUUUAAAUUUAUUUGGAAAACCUUAUAAGACUGACAGGCGUAAACAUCGAUGGGAAUUUAAGUCUGCUUAUGAACUUCUGUUACGAUGCCGCCUGCGAUAAAGGAGGCAAACAGGAAUCCUUCAGAGUAUACAUAACACGGAUUUUUUGGAAAAAGUGGGAAUUAAAAAAAAAGUUGUUGCUCGUGAAGUUUCUUUUUAGACUUUCCAUAGAGUAGCAAAAGGCUGGUUCUUAUAUAAGUACAAGUGUUAGCUGUUUCCUUACUUCUUUGACGAGCCACUAAUAAACGUUAUCGAAAAAGUGUAUGUUUUUCCUGCGAUACUGGCGGAGCAAAAACACUUGUAUGUGCACCAUUCCUGCUUGCUUGCAAAAAAAUACAUUGAGUGAUCGAUCGCAUGAAAUGUUAACCGAGAUUCCGAAGUGUGUUUUCAAUAAGGAAGGAUUACUUAGUCAGGGUUGCAAUACCGAGUAUCAUUCGGCGUAACUCUCUACUAUUUCAGACUCGCCAAUAUGCUUACCUUUGCAUAUCUUUUACGCCGACUUUCGAAGCGUAAAAGUGCACAUUCGUCAAUUCAUUUGAUGGUCACUCAAAUCACUGCCUCCCGGUUCCAAAAAGCUUAUAAUUAUGAAAGUCACUAAGACCGUGCAAUGUCUAUUUAUACAUCAUCGUACUCGUCCAUUUGUUAAUGCUUCUCGUGAAGCCUACAACAUAGGUCGCAUCCGUCACAAAAUUUUAUGAACUCUGUAUAGUACCUAAAGGAAAAAAUGAUUUUCGCACCGUGGAAAAAAUAUACCUCGUAGACUGAAAUCGCUAAACGCCAGUGGAACUCUUAUCUGGCUCAUAAUUAUUCAGGAAUGGAGAAACGUUUAAAACCUAAGCAUACACUUUCAUUGAGUAAAAAAUGUAAAUCUUAUUUGGUUUGCUGCCAAACGAUGUUGGGUAAGCAUGCUUUUAGCAUUUUUUUUUACAAAAUAUAUUUAAAUUUAUAAGACCAUUUAAAACCAAUGAGAAAGAGGUAUACAAAGUAGUUAUUUUUUUAUCGCAUGCGGCCUUUAUAGCAGGUCGACCAAAAGUGCAUUCACAAGGCCACCAUAUUAGCAAGUCCCAAAAUAUUAUGAGAUUAUGCCGCAUGGUAGUCAACAUUACAACCUCACCUAGGUAAUCCUCCAUAAUCUGAAACUCCUUUUAGAAUUCCGACUCACAUUUUAUGAGAUUGGUCAUUCACUGUAUCUUAGAGGGCUCCCAGGCUCUCCUUAGUAAUCAGCUAAGCCCAUCUGUUUUGGUUUUGUUUUACUUUCUCUAAGGUAAACAAUUAACCAAGCUGAAACCACACAGAGGGGAUAUGUCCUAUAAGUAGCUUUUUUGAUGCAAAAGCAAUUUUACUGACCACCGGUCGAUACCGCAAAAAGUGUGCUGUCAUGUGACGCCAUCCUAGUGUUACAUCCGGCUUGAUGAACUACUGUAAGAAGUUUACAAAUGUAUGUCUGGAAGAUUUCAAUGGGAUUGGACUGUGCUAAUGGGGAAGCCUAUGUAAAAACAGAAGAAAACACCCAAAACGAGCUAUGCACUAAAUGAAACGACGACGUACUUAUAGAGGAAAAAUUCUGGCUCACGGUAUAUUACCAGCCAGCCGCAUUCCUAUCAUCCAAAAAAAUUGCCUGUCAGCCGAAAAAGUCAUACUCUCUGCUGUCUGAGUAGUGGACACGCGCCUUAAUAACAAAAUUUGAGACUACCUGGUGUCACGUGAUCUCGCAAACGCAUUCUGAUUAUAUCCAUGUCUUCAUUUCGUGAAAUUUAAAAAAGGCUUUAGUGAAUCUUUUAAAGCUUCUUCUUAAAUAGCCGCGCCACUCCAUGACAGUCAUUACUAAAGAUUACAUUUCUAAGACAACUGUUACCAUGUUCGGACAAACAUACUUCUAUUAUCUGUUCACAUCUCAGACAGAUAUAAUUUUAAGGCUCUGAUAUAUUUUAAGUUGGGCUAGCAAGUUUAUUGCUUCUUCUUUCCACCUUUAAAUGAAUUUUAAGGCAGUAGAAUACCGCACUCUUCAGGUUAUUUGAUUGCGAGACCUUGUGGGGGUAAUUCGUUGAAAGACAUAUCUCCGCGUACCUGGCUAGAAAAAAAAGAGCGAUGCUGGCACUAACCAAUCAGGUGACGGUGCGACAAUUUGUUUCUGUUACUAAAUUAUUCACAGGGAAACGUUAGCCCACAUUCCUGUCAGAAAAUAACAUGUUCCUCCCUUCAAUCGGCCAAUUAGGAGGCGGUCCCUUAAACUCCAAAUGUGUCUAAUCUCAGUCACCUCAAAGCAAACGGAGUUUCAAGUGACGCCGGCCUCAAGACAUCCCUGUCUGUAUUUUGGCGCGACUGGCUAACGAAAACCAGUUUUGUCUCCAAUGGUAUCUCCUCUAUAUGCAGAGUGUGUUGAAGUGGUUAGGACCAGCAUCUAGGAGGCAAAAGAUGUAUAGAUAUUGUACUACUUUUCCUUUCACAGAUUCAUUCCCUCCGCAAUGAGAGGAUUAACUCUGUCCAGUGCAUAUUUGUCUAACUCUUUCUCAUCAUGUUCACAGAACGAUCAAGUGGCAAUCGGCUGGAUAGGCUUCACUAUGGUGAUUGCCGGUUUGAUCGGCUCAAUCGUUGCUGGUGUAGUGUUGGAACGCACUGGACUCUACCGGUAAACCUAUAGCCGUUUUAUCCUUUAAAGUGGCGCGGAGAAUUAAGUUGAAUUUUUUGGUUCAUUAUCAAAAUGUUCAUGAAAGUCCAAGCUGAAUACUACCAACUUCAGGAAACGUAGCAGCGGCGCAGUCUUCGCAUACCUAAAAGUUUAUAUAUACUACCAAUGACAAACCCUACCAUACAUGGGUUCCGUAAAAUUGUCGUUUCAGACUAGCGACUAUUCCAAAGAGAGAGCGGUUCGCUAACGAAAAGGCAACAUUGUAACGUUUUCCGAUAAGGUGGAGAGUUCUCGGUCGCAAUGCUCGGGCCCCUGUAAGCAAAACUUAUGUAAGACGCCGUCUGACUGUAAAAGUCGCAAGUAGGUUGCUGCGAAACACCAGAUACCCAGUAGGAGGUCGUUUAUAGAUCACCAGGCGUUAACCGCCAGUAAUACCUUAAAACCACCCAUUGCCGAAUCUUGGCUUUGAACUGGUUGACAGUUCGACCGUCGAUUUCGAUGAUGUCCACCGUGUGCCCCACAGCUGCAGCAGCGGUGGGAGGAGGGACGGUGACUAGCGCAGGGGUUUAUAGUGCCAGUAGACUUGCGCUGCAUCUACCUACACUCUCUCCUCCCCCCUCGCCCGAGCACGGUGUCAAGACAGAGUCAAGAAGACCGGAGACAAGGGAGGCCGCAGGUGGAUGGCUCGGACGGCUCCUCGCCUUGGCGCUCCACCACACCCCCUGGUCCACACAACAAAUAACCAGGAUUUCAACCAACACAACCGAGAUUGGAAGCUGGCACGGCCGGAGCCGCACCUAGGCGUGCCGCCAACGCCUGGUUCGGAUCCCACACUGUGAUGGGAGUGCCAUAAAGGCCACAUUAAAAGGGAGCCAUUGCAGCCUGACUCUCAGACCGCCUCCAGUCAAGGAGGAGGUACAAGUUAUCCCGUCAGUUGGCAACCUUCCAAGCCACGUCUUUAAGCCCACCGUGAUAGCUUCAAGCGCGUCAGAUUGCUUAUAGUGAAGAAAGUGCGCUGAGUCGUCGACCUCACUCUCCCUUCCCAUUCCCACACCGCAGCCGCUAGCCGAGCCGGUCAGCAGACUGGAGUGGGAAAUGGGCGCGGUGGCUGGCAUGAUCGACUGACCAUGACUGCGCGCGCCGCGAGCACGACCUGGCCCCCCAUACACACACAAACACCAGGAUUUCACACAAUGGGGGCUGAACGGCGUGCCUCCCACUUGCGUGAGAGGGCCGCGGAAGGUGCUGUUUUAGCCCGUCGCCCAGCCCACCAGUCCGCACAACACACACGCAACGCGACGAACUGCGUGAACCGAGUGCAGGCGUCAACCAGCAACCUUCCUUUCUACGGCGCUUGACGUGUCGGGAUAGUCUCGGACCCAAGUCACCCGUGCAGCCGAAGCCGCAUGGGGACUGGCUACUUACAGUUUAACGGUCGUGACAGAUGAUGUCCUUUAUGUGCUCCACAGCAAGGUUAGAGCAGGCACGGCAACUUACAAACGAUUGACAGACUUGCGCAGCCUCUACCGCACACUGCCCUCCUCACAUUGCUGGACCAGGUUUCAGGGCGCAGUCAAGAAGACCGAAGGCGGGAUGGCAGAGCAGGUGGCGUAAACCUGCACCUAGGCACAGCACCACAAUAAAUACGUGAUUAGAAAUGUAAUCAACAACAGCAAUGGGGGACGGCAGGGUUCCCAAUGUGCGCGACUUGAGUCGGCAACUGAGCCUGGCAUUACCCCCCAAUUGUUGGCACUAGUUUUGGUGCGUAUUCUGAUAACGCCUGCCAGAAUCCGAUGUCGCCGCCGUGUUGGGCCAGCGCAUCUACGCUGUGACAUGUUCUUGGGGCUUGGAAUGGAUAAAAUGGAGCAAAGACCGAUAUAACUCACUGACAACGACAGAGACUGGUACUAGGAUUUUCCAUUUCUCGACAAAUUACUGAUUGCAUUUACACAAUGCUCAGGUUACAAAGUAAAAAAGCAAGCAAUAGUGGAAUCUGACAUUCCAUCGGUACGUGACCCACUCACUAUAGGUUUAUUUGCGUAUAAUAGAUGUCAGGCUGACGUCCUGAAGAUAUUUAGUGGAAAGGCACUUCUGAACUAUUCAGCAGAAAAGGUGGCGAGCGAACGUUGCCUUCGAUACUAUCGAGGAGGAACUUAGAAAAAUCCAGUACAGGUUCAUUGUAAAGAAUCUUGCCGAACGACCCGCAAAACCCAUCACACUGACCACAUACAACUUUCUGCGCCCUUCCGCUCUUGCCGAGUCUGUAUUUAAAAACCUAACUUUUAUCGAUUUUUUUUCACUCACGGUACCCCGUCCUACGUAACUGUAUUGGCCUGAUGAGAAGGUACCAAAAGGAAAGUUCGCUCGCCACUGUCUCUUCUGAAAACGUUUUUCCUCAAAGUCCAUUUCCAAGGAGUAGUUGCAAGUGAACUCCUUAGAAGACGCCUUGACCAAGUUGUCACGGGAACCUUCCCAGCAGCAUGGGUUCGCAUAUCAUUCUCUACUAACCCUAUUUUACGCAGAGAAGGCAAGGAAAGUCUGUCAUCUCAGACCGCCUCAAUGUGCAUCUACUCACUCACCUGCUCCUGUGGAGCAGGUUAUAUUGGUCGUACGAGUCGGCGCCUUUCCAAAAGAAUAAGAGAGCACCUUCCCGCAUGACUGGCAAAGGGUGAAACUAGGAAAAUAGACAGCGUCAUCCUUGCGCAUACAGUGAAUUCAGGGCAUAGUGUUGAUCCCGUUGAAGCAUUUCGUGUGAUUUAUAAGGUCCUCUUGAGCUACCCUAAGCUACUGGGACAGCGCCGGUUAGCAACAGCAGAAGCGGCCGCCAUCAGGUUACGAAAACCGAACCCAUGCGCUUAGAAGAACCUCGUUCAGGCUCCGCGCUUACUGCGGUCAACGGUUUACUAACCACAUGCAACUUUCUGCGCCCUUCCGCUCUUGCCUAGCCUGUAUUUAAAAAACCACAUUUUACUGAUUUUUUUUCACUCACUGUACCCCGUCACAUAUAAAUAUACUGGCUUGACAAGAAGUUAUCGAAAGCAACCUUCACUCGUCACCUUUUCUUCUGAAUAUAGCUAUGAGGAUUUCCACAACUUUAAAAUGUCAUUUCCUUGUUACACCGCGAGAAAAAUUAUGCCUGAAGAAAAUGAACUAGGUCUCAGAUUAUGUGCGUUACAUGCAUUGGUUGUUAAAGGGUUGAACUAAUAUGAUGCGUACUCAGGGAAAUAGUCUCGGUUGACGAGACAGUGCCUGAUUGAGACGAAAUCUGCCAAGCUAGAUAGAACAGCAUUUCACGCAUGUUUGGCAUGCAAAGUGCAUGAUGCAAUUAGAUCGUGAGGUGCCUCCGCUGAGUCAACCAGAUCAUCGAACAAAGUAGCAUUUGUAUCAGGUGGAAAUUAAUUAUUUCUGCUGUCCCAAUGAUUUAUUCCCUCUUUGAGAAAUUGAACUUGCUGUGAAGGCGUAAGGGCGUUAAUAAUUACGUAUCCUGACGUUGAUGUGUAGAAGCUGUACGAAUGCCAGCGCGCCUCUGGCACUGUCUGGGUGUUACGCAACGCACUUAAAAACUUGCGCAGGACUUACCCGUGUUAGAGUCCGCCCGUGCUGGGUGCUGUAGCACUCUAAAAGUGCACUCUUUGCUGACUCCUCAUGACUCAACAGUCUGUCACGCCUGUCAAGUGAUUGGCAAACACAUCCUUCACUGAAACAGUUCAAGUUCGCAGUCUCUUGAGAUUCAGCCUCACUCAAUGGUGCUAGCACGUUUUGUCUGCUGGUUUUGAUCCACUCGCGAAUACUCCAGCAGUGAGGAGGAGGAGGAGGGGGAGGAUUUGAGGGGGAGGGGGAGGAGGGGGAGGAGGAGGAGGAGGAGGAGGAGGAGGAGGAGUGAAAUCAACUCGCUGCACUUGGUUACACCUUCACGUCCGACGAUGGCGGAGGUUGCGUGGGAACCGGCAGCUGCGCGAAUCCUUAGUUGCUUGACCUGCAGUCAAAGCGUGGCGUAGUGACCUCGGCAUAGAACACACACUGACAAAAAAUUAGUCAGACAUUGCGCUCGUGGAUGAACCUGUCAGACACAAUUCGGCAUCCCAUGUGGUUGCCUGUGCGUGAUGCCUAUCACCCAUAGGAAACCCGUUUGCUUUGGGAUCGGUCUACGUCCUUUCCUGGGUGACUUAAUACCCGAUUUGCAGUGACAGAGAAUGGCAGGUGACAAGGUGCUGGUAAACAUCGGUUUAGUGAAAUGGUUAUGAUCCGUCUGCUAGGACCCGGUAGUGGACCAGCUACGUCAGGGGUGUGAGCGCAUGUUCGUGUUUCCGGUCCCAGCUGGUGUUCGGGGUUUAGAUUGUCUAAAUGGAGGCAAUCAAUCCCCAAACAGUUUUAAUCUAUCUACCCCCCACACUCUGCCGUCUCUCCUCAGCCAUCUAUACAGUGGGUGUGCUAACUCAUGAAAUGUCAAUCGAAAUUCCGAAACGCGUUAACGUUUUGAUAAGACUAAUUAAGUAGGGUAAUAGAACUUAUGAUUUUACAGCAUAAUUCUAUAACAAUUCACUUACCUUAGGAUGCCGGCUUUUGAAAAAACGUCUCUUUGGCUGCAUGCAAGACCUAUACUCUGUAAAAAAACGACUACUUAUGUAACAUGCAUUUUCUCAUCGAUUUUUGAUGCCUUCAACAAGUCAAUUAUAAUUCAUGAAAAUCACGCACAAAAAUAUGCAUUCUGUUGUUCAUUUGGUAGAGCAUUACGCCUUUUUUCAAAGUUUAUAUUUGAGGUCAUGGCAUGAUUUGGUUUUCAGAAACUUUUCCAAUUCCCAGAUAAUUUUGAACUCGACCUGCCGUUACACUGGCAUUCAGGGUUUCCAACCUAUAUGCUAUAUAUUUUCUGAGUAAGGAAAACCAUACAUUCUACUACGGCAUUAUGAGGAAACCAUAUGAGGUUCAUAAAAUUAAACAGUGCAUUUGAUUUAUACUGCUAACUUUACAAGCCAUAUUGGUAAAGGCAGAGACAUGAGGUUUUAUGAAUGGCCAUCUCAGAGUUUUAAAAAAUCUCACAAUUAGAAACAUUUUUAAAACCGAUUUUUACACUUUCUCCGAGUACAAAAUUGAAAGAAGACGUAAUUUCCGACGGAAUGGGCGGGCUAAAGAAUAUUUUUAUGCACGUUUUCCAAGAAAUGUAAUUGAAAUUUUAAGGGAAUCGAAAAACGAUGAGAAAAAUGGAUGCUACCUAAAUAGUCAUUUUUUGCAGAAUAAAGGUCUUGCAUGUGGCCAAAAAGCAGCUUUUUCGAAAGAUGACAUCCUGCGAUAACUUAAUUUUCAUAGAAUUUUGCUGUGUAAUUAUAAGUUCUUCUACCCUACUUAAGUAAUGUUUUCAAACGAAAACGCGUUUCGAAAUUUAGAUUGACAUUUCGUGAGUUAGCCCACCUACUGUAAAUAUAUACAUAUGUUCUGGAAAAUGAGCACCCCAAGAAACAUACUCCGAAAAAAAUGAGUUCUUUGGGAAAUUGAACAAACUUUAUUUCGUAAAAGUUCCACCCUGGUUCCCCAGGUCGCCGUCAGACAUGUAGCAAAUGUGAAAAAGUAGCUAAAAUUUAAACCUGCCCGAACAUUCGAUAUUUCUUCGUCGGUGCUGUGGGCUGACGUCAGGUUUUGACUGGCGAUCACUUAUCCCAAGUCGCCAUGCAUACUCUUGAAACUGAGCACAAAUUUUCUUGGGACAAAACACGCAUUGUCGCUUCUUGCCCACGUAAGAAAGACCGAGAAUUCCUAGAGGUCAUUCACUCUGAUGAUUCAUGCAUCAACCGACGCAUCGAUCUUGAUGUCAUGUACACAAAUCUCAAAGAGAAAUGGAAAACGUGAACGCCAAUCCCUGAAUAAUUAUUCAAGAUAUUUUGUACGACAGGGUAUAAAACAAUAAGAAUUAUAAGAAAAGUAAAUAUGUAGUUCACAUCACGCACCCAAAGCGAAUACUUGGCGAAUUAUUCCGUGCAUUGCAAACGCAUGUCUAAACGUUGAAGAACACUUGAGAAAAUACAAGAUGCGCGCGAACUGACGACUACAUCACACAUUCAUUUCGUACACCCUAAGGACAGGGUUAGGUAUCUUGAUAAGAAGGAUGUCGUUUACAAGUUCCAUUGCGGUGUCUGCCAUGCUGUAUAUUGUGGCCAAACGCACAAAAUCCGCCUCCACAGGCAUCAACGAGCAUCAAAUGACAGUUAAGAGGCAAGCAUUCCAUCCCAAGUGGUCACACAUACCCAAUACACCUAACACUGGAACAAACUCCACAUCGUCAAUCCCCUACCCUACCAAAAGUGUUCUUGAGUUCAUCGAAGCCAUGCACUCAGAUGAGUCAUGCAUGAUGCACAUAUCAGAAUAGAGUUCAUCAGUGUUUCUUCUCCCGAACAGUAUCUGUGGCUGCAAAUCGAGCAUUUCUUCAGGCAGGAAUGGUCGUGCGCCGACUUACUAGCUUCCCGAUGAGAGAUAGCCCUAAAUUGUUAAUUGAGUUGCUCUUAGAUUGCCUGAAGCAUUGUCGAUAUGAAGCCAACAUUUCAUACUGAACGCAUGAACUGACCCAUUUGAUGUGUUGUAAACAGUAUUUCACCCAAACGUAUGUCAGUACAUUCCUAAGUCCUAUGCAGCGGACAAGAUUUGUAAACUUAGUCGCUUUUACAGCACAGAAGGCGUUCCUCUGAUGAUUCAUUUGAUUUUUAUUUUCACUGUCUUUUCAUUUGAAGUUUUUUCGUCUUUCUCCAAACGGAGUGUCCCUGGUGUACCAGGGUAGUAGACCCGUCGUUAGUUAUUGUAUAUAAUAUACUUGCUUUAAACUAAAGUGCGUAACAUAGCGGGUGGGUGGUGGGAUAAGACGGACAUAGGAAUUCCCGUAAUACAAUUUGCCCGGCUCUGAAUUCCAGGGAAGUUAGAAUUGAGGUUGUGAAUAGGAUUAAGGUUAGGCUAAUAUCAGAAUUGGAGUUAAGACGCAGUCCUGUCAAUUUCAUGUUUCCCGAGUCAAAGAAUCCGAAUAUUUUCUAUCUCAAGGAUACCGUAACAUAUACAGGAUGAAAAUUGGAAUAUCGACUGGCCUCGUGUCAAAGACCAUAAGAUUACCGCGGAUUUUGUAAAUUUACACAGGCCAUCUUACACACGCCGACAAACAUACCCAAUCCAGAAAUAGAAGUUAGAGAAAGCCUGGGCAGAUUUUGCAUGCCAAGGUUCAAAAGGGUCAAAUUCUGACCAAAUGAGACAACCAGCUGUUGCUUCUGCAAAUCCUAAACCUUUUACUACAUUAUGUGGAUCGUAAUAGUCGUCAGAUGCGAUCCGGGUAGGCCAUCAAAACCGCCUGGAAUAAAAAAGCAGACGUGGUCAGCCAAUUGGUUUUCUUUUAUCAGAGGACAUCCAGCCAAGGUAUACAGCAAAGAAAGAACAUAGGCUUAAGUACGCUAAUAAUAUGGUUUUAUCUAUUGCUGACCAGCAGGAGAAGAAUAAAUCUUAAAGUCCUCGGAGUACGUAGGAAGGGUGGCUAAUCUCCAUUGAUGAAUGAAAAGAGAAAUGGUUGCUGUCCAAACUGGAGCACAUGUCCCAACCACGCAGGUCUCGCCUGCGUUACGACCGCCGAUCCAAAUAAUCGUCUUUUUAAAGAAGUCAUGCCCAGCAAAACGUACGUUUCCAGUAAUAUGGUUGUAGAUUAGCAAAAGUUCAACAGCCAAUAAAAGUCAGUAUUGGAACGAGGGUUCAGGAACGUUCAAAGGUCAGGGGUCAGAGUCCAGUUAAGUCGCAGGCUUGAAGAGGCGGGAGGUGUCUAGAAAUUAGCUCUUCGGUGCGACAUUUUAAAACACUUCUUUUAGGACACAUACGCAACGCAGACUGGAUGUAGGUGACAGAUAGAAUUUCGUGAAGCGCCUUUCAUUUGCUUAUUUCCUUAUGAUUUUGAAGUAACUUAAAUCCGCCUUUGCUUGCCUUGUCCUUUCCUUAUCCGCGUGGUUCUCUCUGCGCAAACCAAGGCGCGUGCUGAUCAUCUUCUACGUACUGAGUGUGGUUAGUUUUGGCUUCUACAUCGGCAGCAUCUACACCUACCAAAUCGGCGUCAUCUUCUUUGCCAUGUUCCUGCUCGGGUAGGUCCACUAGCACUAAUAUCUAUCCUGUAUAUAUACAUAUAUGUGGUAGAUCAGAGGUGGUAUGCAUUCCGAGUUGAUAUAAUGAAAAAACAGGAGAGGUUCUUCGGAAAAGUUGAGUUGUACUCGUGAAUUUUCGAGCUGGUGACACCAACACGUUGUCAGACGAAAUGAACAACGAGGGAGAAAGUUGGGUUGCCACACUAGACCAGUUGGUGCCAUAGGACAGAUCGACCACUGACUUGUGAGGGGGUGGGCUUCUGAGGUCAUGUUAGGUCCCUGAGUGAGGGAGGCGGGAAGGGAGAGGAGGCGGAACAACUACGGCACACUGUGCUGGAGGGGAAGGGUGGGUGGUGAAUCAGUUGGACUGCAAGCUUCUGUAUUCGCGGUCGUUGAUGCGUGAUUAGGGCAGGGGACAGUCAGUCGUAAACCAACUGGUCUAACGUGACAACCCAACUUUUUCCCUCGUUUUUCAUUUCGUCUGACGACGGGUUGGUAUCACCAGCUCGAAGAUUCACGAGUACAACUCAAUUUUUCCGAAGAACGUCUCCUAUUUUUUCAUACAAAUGUGUUGGAAAUUCGUUCAACGAUCGGGUUCCGGGACAUGCUUGUGCCGGUACAUUUGGGAAUCGGUCUAGUGCCCUACAGACAUUCAAAGAGCAACUAGUAAUGAAAGCAGAAGCGCGACGGGACGAGACUGUUAGGCAAAAUUACUUCCAGCAAGAGAACUAACCGACAGAUAAACGUACCAUCAGAUGCACCAAUGCCUUAUAUAUAUAUAUGUAGAUCAGAGGUGUUAUGCAUUCCGAGUCGAUAUGAUGAAAACAAAAAGAGGUUCUUCGGAAAAAUCGAGUUGUACUCGUGAAUUUUCGAGCUGGUGACGACGGGUUGGUGUUACCAGCUCGCAAAUUCACGAAUAAAACUCGAUUUUUCCGAAGAACCUCUUCCUGUUUUCUUCAUAUCUCUAUACGAUUUUGCAUCGACAAGUUAUUUUCAGCGAGGGUCGUAAAUUUGAGCUCAAAACUUAGAAAAAAUCUUUCUUACUCAGUCCACGAAUCAUGGUGACUCAAUUGACACUACUUAUGUACCCACUCAAUGUCGACAAGCCGGAAGUCCAUGGUAUGAGUGGCGUGACGUUUGAUUUUUAAGCCAAUAGGUAGUGUAGAGUCUACCCAUAGGUGCUUCCAGUUCCAAAUUUAGGUAUGACUGAUUGAUGACGACAAACACACCCGAAGAGAUCGUUCUGGAUCGAAAUACCGAGAGGCACACAGGCUGAUACAAGCGAAAUAUACGAAUUUCAUUUUCUAAACGCCAACUUGAAGAAUGAUCACUCGGGUGAGUGCGCAGAGUUAGAACAUUUGUGCUCGAGUUGCUGACCGUGACGCUUUCCCCGUUUUCCGCGUUCUGCUACUCAAAUCUCCGCAUUCAGAGACGUGGCCAGCAAACGGUUAAUACCAUCGGACUGUAUAAGUGUACGAGUUAUAACGUUUAACAGUUUUUUAUGGGCAUUUUUUUCCCAAAUGCAUUUGACCUCCUUGCUCUUUAUAGCCACCUGAACUGUGGUUCUUGGGGGUGAGAAAUCCGACUACGUUAAAGGCAGUCUUAAGACCUGACUCCAUCGACUUUGGCACUGCUAUGUUUCUAGGUUCUUUAGACCUUUCUGUUAUUUGUAGUUAAUGCCUAUUAGUUUUCCUCCAACCGAUUUGAUUCAUUUGAAAAGAAAAUAGCGUUGUUAAGCCGAGUUGGGCGUAGAAGAGAAUUGAUCAAUUUGGUAGGCGGAUGGUGCAGAUGAGGAAAGAUCAGGACGCCUCUACUUCGUCCUACAACAGGUUUAGACCAACGAACUUCAGUCUCAAUGACGUAUGAAUAUUAGCGCUCGCAGUCGAUUAAAUUCUAAAAUGAUCGCAUUGACUCAGGGUGAAAUCUAAGAAAAGAGAUUGAACCGUGGCUGCCCGAUGGUGUUCCACCCUCGCCCAACCUUCUCAGCGGCGUCUCUUUAUUCAUAAAGAACUGCCCGCUAGCAAAUGUCAAUUUUGAAAGCCUGAAAUCCACGUAGAGGCACGGUGUCAACAACUAACGAGGCUAAAAGGUGGCCGUCGUGAAGGCCGUAUGAAUUCCCUCCUUCCCCCAGAGCAGCAAAUAAAAUGUCAGUGUCCUAUCCUCCGAAAUUUUGACUCCCUUUUUUGCAAAUAUCCACGAGCUAGGGCGAUGCGACACAAAACGUUGACUUCGAAACGUUUCAGGUUUCCGACUGCAGAUAACACUCAAAGUUCUGGUAAUAUGUUAAGCGAAAAGCCGAGUAGGCGGCACUCUUCUACACCUCGCGGCCUACCUAACCCAAAGAAAAUAGCGUUACUCAUUAAAUGGCAAAGCCAGAACAACACACGACGAGUGCUUACUCUGUCCGUCGGCAGCUUUGUAGGGCGACCUUUCACUCAAAUCUUUGUUUAUAUUUCUAUCGUUGUAACAAACCACUACUUCCAGAUACGAGGUCUGCGCGGAACCAUUAGAAAGCAGCUUUCCCCUAACGUCACUCAAUCAGACAUUCCAUUUUGACUUAUUACGACAUAAAGCUUUUAAAAAUCAGACAUGAAGCUACUAGUUACACUUCACAGUCAUGAAGCAGUCAACUCCAAUGGUACUGUCUGUUUCGGAUUUCUAGUAUUGGGCUUCCGUGGGACUAGCGAACAUCUCAUUCUUCUAAUUUCUACUGAUGCCGACUGACGCACCGCUGAUAAACUCAUCUGACGCCAGAAGUUAUCACAACCAACUUACGUCUGUGCAAUAUAUUUGCUGGAAAUGGAAGUCAGAUAUCCCAGCGUGCACAAGCCUGAUCGUUGCAAAGCCUGAAUGUCAGAAUAUUGGUGCGGCACGUCUGAUAAGCCAGAUUUCGGAAAAUGACUAAUUAGACAGGACGCUAAAGGCGCCAUUGGGGCGUUCUUUUGUGCUUUUUUGCUGUGUUCUCAAGCAUGCAGUCUAAAACAUGUAUUGUCAGCUGCACAAGACCUUACCGUCGUAGUUAAGCCUUCUGUAUCUGCACUUCUUCCAGCUUUUUCCAAUCCGGAUUUCUGCCCUUGGGCUUCGAAUAUGCCGCCGAAAUAACAUACCCCGCCAAUGAGGGACUUUCCUCCGGAAUACUCAAUAUGACGGCUCAUGUAUGUCUUGUCUGUGGUUUUUUGAAAGUUCUUAAAGGCCAAUUGCGCUGAUUGUAAAUCUCUUUCGAACGGCACACGUACUCGUAUUCUUUGACAACUGUUUUAAUUAGUAUCGCACCAUACUCCAUGGUGAGCUCACUUUUCGUAGAGGACAUGACUCUUCUCGGAAAGAAUUGAGUGGUAAGUUGACCAGAGUUUGCGGCUGCUUACGUUCAGUCAAAAGGUUUUAGGCAAAACAGCCGAUGGAAAAUACGACCACAAGGUAUGUGGGCUUAAAUAGGCUUUGUAGCCCUCGAUACCUGAGUUCCGUAACACGAUCGGUGAGCGCCCUUCCACCAAUGUUAUUGCAUUGUCGUCACAACGGCAUAACAUCGCGCAACUCUGGUCAAGUAAUCUGCGUCUUAGUUAUUUUAAGAAACAGAUUGUGUUAUACACACAGCUUCUACACCCUAGAUACAUGGGUUGGCUACCUCGAAAGAAAAGUCGUUGUUAUCAAAAUCUCAUGUUCCAAUUGUGAUGCCUUUUAUUGGGGCCAAGCUGCGAAAUCUGUCUCAACCCGUAUACAUGAGCAUCAGUUAGCGGUUUAGAGACAAGAUCAUCUAUCUCAAGUGGCUAUGUACACACUGGACACCGGACACCAAUUUGCAUGGGAGAACACUCGCAUCGUGGACGCCUGCCCAGUAAGUCAAGGCCUAAAAUUCCUUGAGAUAAUCCACUCCGACGAUGCGUGCAUCAACUGACAUAUCGAUCUAGAUGCCACAUACAACAUCGUCAAGGGUAGAUUUAAAUCGUCUCAACCAAUCCCGAGAAGAUGAUUUUAAUCAAUCAUAGGAUUCUUUGACAGACUCGGCUUAGAGGUUAAUUGUUUUUGCACGCCCGUUUUCUGAAGACGAAACAAAUUUAUACAAUAAAGUUGACUCUCUCCCAUGGAAUCCCAUCUUCCCACCUAUAUCUCUUACGAUGCCUGUUUUUUAAUCUAUAUACAUAUGUAUUAGAAGAUGGGUAUCCCAAGAAGUUUAACUAGGGAAUAAGAAGUCCUUCGGAAAAUGCAACAAACUUUAUUCCGUAAAUAUUUGGCACUGGUUCCCCAGGUCGUCUUCGGACAUGUGGCAAAUAUGCAACACAGUUUACACUUCUCAAAGUGCGAUGAAAUCGACUCGUGGAAGUGCUCUCGGCGUUCCGGCUCCAAAGCGGCAGUUUGCACAUUUAAAGUUCCAUUUUUUCAGUCCUGAAGUACUGGCGAACGAAUGCCCACAGACGUCAUCAGGAAAGAUUAAUAAGGACCCUAUCUUAGGACCUAAAUUGCAGCGAAGAUUGCUAUACUUUAAGGACCUCUGGUCUUAUAAGUAGAUCCAAUCGAGCCUUGUACGCAAAGCAUUCUAAGUUUCCAUCGACGAAAUGCAUGAAACGAACGAAUUUACUUUGGACAUGUCCAUUAGUUUAUGAUCCUCAAUUCCACGGUCGACAACUCUGACUAAAGUUACGAGGCUUAACUGACGAUUGCUAUGGAGAGUUUUCCGCGAAACUAAGUCUACCAUCUUACUGGGUUUGAAUUUGAAUUUACUGGUAUGAACAACAGGCGUCUGAGAUGUGGUUCUUUGGGGGGUCGUGCCUAAAAGCUACUGCAGUUGGCUUGAAAAACUACAUAUCGCCAAGGUGAGUGCAUGCUUACUCGCUGCAUUUUGCCAUGAGUGGUUGAACGGUUCUCUUUGUGAGUAGUUUGAUUGUCGGAGUAUCAUUUCUGGACCACCUGCAUUCGUUACUUGUUGUUGCUGUGGUGGCAAUGACCUCCGGUUUUGAAACAUGCCGCGGGGCUAUUUAGUGAUGAUGCGUCCGGUUAAAAAUUGUAUUUUCUCUAAGAGUUGUCUUUGGAUUUCCGACAAGACCUGUUGUGCGACUAACCCGAGGACUGGGGCGAAAGCGAGAGCCUUUUAAUUUAUCUACAGACGUCGAUUUGGAACACAAAUAGACUUCGCUGGUAGAGUGUUGAGACUCAUAUAAAAUGAAGAACGAGUCUUUUUAGCUUUCCUUCUAGCUUGGGCUGCCAAAGCAUGUUUUGUCUGACAUUAAUUUGUGCAACGAUUAUCCCAUCCCCUGGAAGCGUAUGCACCGCGAAAUAAUGCCCUUAACUAAAAAAGGUUUCGUUAAGAAGCUUACUGAUUUUAUCAUGGCCUUCCGCGCGCUCUUAGCGCACUGUCUUCGUUGCGACAAACUCACCUUUGAAUCACCGUAGUUCACAUUUAUGGAGGCCAAAAAACGUUCUCAUAAAGAGGCCAUUGAAACUCGUACGCCAUGUAACCCCUCUUAACAACCGUGAUGUACAAAUCGAUGUCAACCUACAGUGCGUGACUGAUCUCAUGAAAUGUUGGCCAAAAUUCUGGAAUGCGUUUCCGAUUACGAAGGAUUACUUAAGUGGGGUUGUUAUAUUGAUUACAAUGCAGAAUAACCCUACAUUUCGCACUUGCCAUGAUGUCGGCUUUUGAAUGCACUUCUUUUGACCUCUUGCAGAAACCACACUCGGUAAAAAUGACUACUUAAGUAGCAUUACUGUUUCCUAUUAUUUUUCGAUGAUCGUAUAAAUUCAAAUAUAUUUUACGGAAAGCAUACACAAAAAAGGCAUUCUUUUCCUUCUUUCGUAGGGAAUCACAUUGUUUUCAUAUUUUAUUCCAUAAGAAAAUGAAUAUUUAAGUUUAAAAAGUUUCUAAUUAUGAGAUUUUGAAGACCGUCCAAUAUCAUGCAUACAAGACCGCACAUGUACGUUUACCAAUGCUCCUCAUGAAAUGUACAAUACAGUCCGGAUACAUUGCAAAAUUUCAUGAAUUUAAUGUAUUAUCUUCUUAAAGGAAUAUAGGAAUAUAUCAUUUUUCUUACGCGAAAAACAUGCACAAUGUACAAAGAAAUUGUUAAACGCGGACACAAUGGCAGAUCAGGCUGAAAAUUAUUCCGGAACUGGGAAUCUUUUUGAAACCCAAAUAUACACUUUCUGCAGGCAUAAAAUAUGAAAACAAUGUGAUUCCCUACCAAAGGAGCAAAAGAAAGCAUAUUUUGUGCGUUGUUUCUGUAAAAUAUAUUUGAAUUUAUAUGACCGUCGAAAAAUAAUAGGAAAAUGAAUGCUACUUAAGUAGCCAUUUUUUACCGAGUGUGGUUUCUGCAUGAGGUCAAAAAGAUGUGCAUUAAAAAGCCGACAUCCUGAUAAGUCCGAAAUGUAGGGUUAUUCUGCAUUGUAAUCCAUAUAACAACCCCACUUAAGUAAUCCUUCGUAAUCGGAAACGCAUUCCAGAAUUUUGGCCAACAUUUCAUGAGAUCGGACACGCACGGUAGAUUAUUUUUCCGUUAUCUAACAGUGCAUCUAGACACUUCUAUGCAAGUUCACCAUCUAAUCAGGUGAUAGCCUAAACCCCCUUUCGGUGCUACUUUUCGCCGGAGUGAGGUGAUCUGGUUUGUCGAGUUUUGAGAGGAAGUUGCAUCAUUCUGGCGCGGUUUCAGCUGCUUUUACGGAAAUUGCUGACUUUCGAAAAUACACGCCCCCUUGUUGUAACCUGCUUUGACCACGUCUAGUCGACCUCUCCCCCGCCCCCACGCGGCCGAUUUUGAAUCCCUUUCUAAUCCUCUUUUAUGAUUUGCACUUUAAUCGGACUGAGAUCGGCUGUUACUUUCCGUGUCCGUAGCAUGGCAGGCACGUUCUGGUACAUAGAGUGCUUGCGUUCGCAACUCGCUACUGGGAAUGAACCCAGAUGCGCCUACAAAGCCUCAUGGCUUGACCUCUCCGACACUGGAACAUGUCAAAUGCAUCCUUUUCCCCACGUCGUCUGACUGACAAAUUACGCAUCAAAUCUGCUGAAGUGUUUUGAACUGGGUUCAAAAUUUGCGACUUUCUUGUCAAGUGUUCUCGCUCUCCCACUACCUUAUUUGUUCUAUCUCUAAAAAGGGUAGCAGUUGUCUCACCGAGACAAGUGCCCGCACAGCGACCGAUAGAUCAACUACGCAACAAAAUUGCGCACAUAAAUAUAACGCAGAACGGCUGCCUAAUGACGCUGUCCGCACUAAAUGCGCGCGGCCUGACCAGGACAAAAACUGGACGAAGGCAGUUCGACGAGAAACACGUGCUUUUCUUGACUGUCCAUUUUGCAGAGCUCCCGUAGUGCUUAAAGGUUUUUUUUCCUAUUUCGUGAGUCCUGACUCCUGGAUGACAUUACCUCCUCUUCCAUCCAGAUUAUCGGCAUAUUCCUCACAAUGGUGUCGACAGUCCUCAUUGAUAAAUACGACGGACUUGCGGCUAACCUCUUCAUGCUCGCCACUAUGGUCGUGGCCGCGAUACCAUCGUGUAAGUCGUUGUGUUACUCCUUGUCCACUCUACAGCUCGAUCGUUGUGACAGAAGAUUUCAUAAAAACGAAAUUCCCUGUUUUCGGCACUUGUAUUUUGCUUCCAAAAAACGGUUGUUCCCGGGCAGGUAGCUAAUGAUCAACAGAGCUUGAAAAGCUUUUAGCUUUGGCGUCGGUGUCCAUGUCUUUACGAAUUUUUAUGAGGUUCUUUAUUUGCCUUGCUUAAUUUCCGAGGAAAUUAAUGCGCGAACUUGGAGUAACUCUUUCGAAACAGGCCGUUUCAGGCACGGUCCGAAAUUUGAUAUGAAUAUUUGAGCUGAAAUCCAUCAGCUACUGCGGAAUAACCGCUUAAUAUUCACAAACCACCAACAGGCAGCCAGUAGUAUAGCAUUGCGCAAUAAUUUACCGUACUUUAUGCUUCUGAAGUACUUUCAACUACUGGAUGAAACUUCCAAGAAGCGAUUUUUUCAAACUAUUUGACCAGUGGCUGACAUGCCCCAGAAAUGCAGCGAUUGUCAAGGGGACAUACCGAGAGGUGGACAGAUACAACCCACUGGAUCGAUUGCAUUUUAUUAUCUAUUGUCCUGAAUGUCACCUUCUGCUGAGAGAGUGGGGAUGUCCUGAAUUCGUGUGCGGUCAGCACCAUAAUGGUGUUCGGAUCAGGUUAGGACAAUGCCAUUCGAGUGAACGUCUCUGGGACUUUCGUAGGCCUCUUCUGGCCGGCCUUUGUUAGCAUACCUUCGCUAUUAUCUCCCUUAUCCGUAAAAGUAGUAACGCAAUAACUGGUAUUCGGGUGGUAGUUCAAUAUGGCGUUUUGUGCGCUUUACGUCUGAAGAAGACUUGAUAUGCUGCUGAGUGAGUGGAGAUGUGCGCGAUCAGAACGAUAAUGACACAAUCACCAAUCGUCUCACUAAUGCAUACCCGCGCAGUCGCGGCCGCGUCUUUCUUCGAUUUGCUAAUGCAACCACAGUUGGCAUUAUUGCUCCACAGCAGGGUGACCGCAGGCACGGUGACUUGCGCGUGGUUUUUUUUAAUGAUAACAGAUUUUUGCAGUACCCAUUAUUCUCCCCUCCUUCCCCCCCCCGAGCCCAUUGUCAAGCCAUAGUCAAGAAGACCGGAGAGGGGGGGAGGGAGGGCACAGGUAACUGACACGGUCGGACCCACACCUAGACCUACCGUCACACAAACUCGCUUACACCUAGCCAGAAAUUUGGCUAACAAUAAGAAAGUUGAUAGGUCGGGAUAUCAUGAGUCGGCAACUGAGCCUCCUCCCACGUCCCGAACAUUGGAAUUCAUUGUGUGCGCCUUUCUAGUGAAACCUGCAGAAUCCCAUGUGGUCUCCGUGCUCAUCCAACGCACCUACUGCUAGGCCUUUCUUGGGGACAUAAGGGUAAGGAUCAGGUGAAGGACCCAAGCAUCUGUGGCGUAUAAAGAAUACCAACCUAACUUGUUUAAGGGAGUUUUAGUCCGAAACGAUUAUUUCGGUUUGGUGUUUCACCGUACAAGGUUGUGUUCUCUGUUCUAGACGGUCUGGUGCACUAUCUACAAUCAUUUUAGCUCAGAGAGCUGAGAAGCGAUUGCUGGGAACACGUUAUGUUUACUUUCGGUUGCUAUACGUCAACGCAUGAAAACAUAUCCGCCCGAAAAACGAAGUUACCAAUUAUCUAUACUUACUUUGCCAUUGCUCUAUGCAUACAUAUGCCCCGGCCGUAAAAACUAUAUUACCACCUUUCAUAUAGAACAGGCGCCUUUGUAUGAUCGUGCGUUUGGUGUCUUUCAUCUGAUCUUUGCCGACAUAAAUGCUCCCCUCACAUGGCGGGUCAUAGACGGCCAAGCGCGCAUUUCGGAUUAGUAAUUGCAUGCUUAAAUGCAUGUGGGACUCGUACCACAAAACGCACACGCCAAUCGAACCCCAAAACUGCUUGAAUUUCUUUCAAUAAGUUCUCGCAUGAUUGCAGUUUUACUUUUGAAGGCUGGAGUACAUAGGAGAAGUCAUAUGGGACAUCGGGCAUCCAUAGGUGAGCCAGAUCCCUCACACACGGGUUUCGGCUGAUGAUUUGGCCCUCAGUUUGCGAACUACCUUAAUGAACAUAAGACUGGUAGUUGGCCGAAGCAGGCAGUAUUCACCUUGAGAGUUUGCAUUAAAAGCGUCCUGCUCUGUAGAUUUAACUCCAAGAUCUAUUGUUCGAAUUCAAGACGCCAAAUUACUCAUCUUUUUGGAGGUCUCUGAGCAUGGUUCUUAGAGUUCAGUGCUGAUACCUUAUGAUUUACGCGAUGAGGUGACAGGACAAUUCGACCGUCAGUGAUGGCGAUUUUCGCACCGAUUGGUUUGUAAUUAUGGUAGACUUGCGCAGCAUCUACGUCACUCACACCUCAAUUACUUGGUCCCGCAAAUAAGACUUAGAUAGAAUGACUGGGGCCGCGCGUGCCACACACGCCUGCUCCGAGCAUGACCGUCCAGGUUUUCACGGAAACUAAAGGGACAACUUGGGCCCCGUCUGAUGUGGAGUGUAAUAAGGGCCACACUAAGGAGCAAUUUCAGUCUGACUCGUCAUCCUGAGAGGACCGAGUUAUUACGUCAGUUGGCACCAUUCCAAGUCACGACGUGCGCAGCAUCUACCUCGCUCUCACCUCACUUGGACCCAGAAAUGAGACUUAGAUAGAAAGAUCGAAUGUGGGACCGGGCAAAGCUAAACGGUCCGCCCACGCUUGCCACACACGCGCAACCGUCCAGGUUUUGACGGAAACGAAAGGGACAAAUACGGUCCUGUCUGAUGUGGAGUGUAAUAAGGGCUACACCAAGGAGCCACUUCGGUGUGACUCGUCAUCUUGAGAGGACUGAGUCAUGUUAUCAUGUCAUGUCUGGCGCGGAAUGAGCAUGCGCCCAGACGUGCCACCAAACUCCUAGCUGGAACAUUAAUUAUGGGUACGCAGCCAAAAUAACGCCUCCCGCGUGGGGAGACGGGACAAUAACCCGUAAGGUGGGGUAACCCCGACUGAUCAGUACUCUUUAUCCAAAUACGGUCUGACAGUCAAGUAUUUUACUUUUACUGACUUAGGAAAUUAAGGGCAGACUCUAAUACGGAAGCAAGACGCAGUGAUUAUGACUAAGGCUGAAUGCAUCAAUCAAGCUCCCGCAAAUGAGAGAUUUUAAUAGGCAAGAGAAGGGGGCAUGUCAGUUACAUCAAACAGCUGCCAAGUGAGUAGGGCUGUCCUCUCUGAGCAUAUGAAAGUGACUGAACAUUCUAAGUUAUCAGGUUAUCCAGGUUCAGUCUGUGGGGAGGGGAAGGGCGGUGGGCACUUUUCGUAUGCUGUUUCGACAGUGGACAUAGCAUGACUGACAAGAUUUUUUAAGGACACAAAAGAGGCUGAUCGACGAACGGUCAACCAUAAUGGUAUGUUGGAAAGUCGAUCCCAAUCAACCUGAACCGCCCACAGGCUAACAUAUCGUUCUCUCCAGGGGAAGUUGCGUUUUCGUUUUGGGUGCAGAAACACACACGCUGAAUACCGUUUAGCCCCUGCGUGUGGGAGAUGUCAGUCGGCCAUAACCCCUGGGCAGAGCACAGCUUUGUGUAGUAACAGAUGGCACAUGGAGACCAGAGAAGACGACUGUGGUAGUAUUCCCCGAGCUCAUUGGUGCGUUUCAAGGGAGCCGCCAAUGCAGCGUUCUUGAACGACCAAUUAAAAGCUUCGAUGUCAACUUUUAGACGAGCUUCUUUCCGCGCGUCUGCAAAAACUCUGUGCCAUGAAUUUUUCUCAUUGAUUUUCUAUGUCUUUAUAUAAUUAAGCAUAUUUUAUAAAAGUCUUGCACAAAAUAUUCGUUCCUUGGCUAGUUUGGAGGGAAAUUAGGUCUUCUUUAUAUUCUAUACUUAAAGGAAGAGUAUGUUUGGUGUUUAAGUUUUAUUCCCGUUCCUGAAUGAUGUGCGACUCGACCUGCGGUUACGCUUACAUCCAGGUUUGCCAAAAUACAAAGUGUGUACUUUCCGUAAAAGAAAAAUCAGGCAUUUUUAUAGGUAAUUAAGAAGAUGCUAUAUGCGGUUCAUAAAUUUUUCUAGGGACUUUGAAUCACACUGUAUACUUUAUAAUCAGCUUCAGUAAAUGUGGCGAUACAGUAUUUUAUGAACGGACAUUUUACGGCCUCAGAAAGUCUCAUAGCAAGAAACUUUUUAAAAACCAGAUGUCAAACUUUAUUGAGGUAUAAAAUGUACAGAAGAUAUAAUAUUCUGCCAAAUGAAUAGGAGGACGAGUACUUUCUGUAGAAGUCUUUGGCACAGUAUAUUUUAAUUGAUUAGGACAUCGAGAACCAUUGAUUAAAAUCUGUUUCCCUAACCGGUCAUUUUUAUGAAGUGUAGUUUAUAAAGACGCUGGUAAGAAGCUCGUCCAACAGUGGACAUUGUGAGGGGACUGACAUGACUUUAGAUUAUGUUCCACGGUAGGUAGUACUAUAACACUACUUAAGUAAUCUUUUCCAGUCGGAAACAUAUUUCAGAAUAUUGGUUAACAUUCUGUGAGACAACGCACAAAUUUUUGGUAGAUAGUGAACCAGUACGUAUUUUUAUCGUCAACUGCUGCGUGUUACAUUCAAGGACUUCCAGGUGGCUUCCGCUUUUUACAGAAAAAUGCAUUCGUUCUCAGAAAAACCACUUACCUACAUCUCGAUAUGUUUGGAAAGGUCAUAAUACUAUUUAAAAGCAUUGUCUAUUACUGUGUAAUUGGAAUUUGCCUAAUUCUAAUUAUCAUUCACCAGGUGCCCUUGUAAUGUCGCGUUUCUCUGAACUGUGCCCCGAUUUUUGUUAACAAGAUUACCUUUUUCAAACGCCUAACCAUUCCACUUUUAUGCUCUUGCAGUCUUCAUGAAAGAUGAUCUAAAACGUCAGCGUGCACAGCGGAAGGUGAGUACUGUAGCUAUUGCCCCUCCGACCUUUUGUGAUUUUUAG